GCUCAUAAUCGUCAAUAUCAUCUUAAUUAUGACUUACUUAUUAAUCGCCAAAGACAACUUAUCUAUAACUAUCGUAAUAAAUUAUUAAAUACUGCUAACUUAACCAAAAUAAUCAAGAAAAAAAAGAAGCAACCAAAAGGAGAAAUUAUUCCUAUUGAACAAGAAUAUUUAAAAGCUCGUCUAGUAAAAGAAAUAGAUAAUUUUUGA